AUCUCCCUGUUUCCUCUUUUGUUUCUGCUGCUAGAGCUGCUGAGUGGCAGUUGGACCAGCCAGCGUGGAGUGGCCGGAUGCGCAUCACCUCCCAAGGGAAGGUCGCCUACAUUAAGCUGGAGGACAAGACUUCAGGAGAACUCUUUGCUCAGGCCCCGGUGGACCAGUUUCCCGGCCUUGCUGUGGAGGGUGUGACAGACUCCAGCAGGUACUUCGUCCUCCGGAUCGAGGAUGGAAAUGGGCGCCGGGCAUUCAUUGGCCUGGGCUUUGUUGACCGAGGCGAUGCCUUUGACUUCAACGUGGCACUCCAGGACCACUUCAAGUGGGUGAAGCAGCAGAGCGAGCUGGCAAAACAGGCCCAGAAUCCAGAGCAGGGCCCAAAACUGGACUUGGGCUUCAAGGAAGGCCAGACCAUCAAGCUGUGCAUUGCGAAUAUGAAGAAGAAGGAGGGGGCUCUGGGAAGCAGAUCUCGCCCAGCAGGCGCUGUGGGGACCAGCCUGAUCCCCCCCCCUCCAGGAGGAAAGGCCUCCUUCAUCCCUCUGCCCGAGAAGUAAGCGCCUUCCUGUCUGGCCCCAUCUCCAGCAGACGCCCAGGAAGCAGCAGAGGCCCCCGUGGCUUGGCCAGAACACCAGACGCCUACAGCUGAAGCCGCUGCUGACAUCUGGGGAGACUUCGCUCAGGCAUCCGGGUCUGCUUCUGGCCCCGCUCAGCAGACCACCGGCUGGGUCCAGUUCUGAGCCAGGGCCUUGGGCUCCGCUUUCCUCAGGCAAGGGCGAGGGCAGGCCUGCUCUUCUCUCUCCUCUCCUGCAGCACCGAAGGCAAAGACGAGUCUGCUCGCCCUCCAGGCCCUUCUGCCCCCCGCGUGCCCUUCAGCCCCUCGCUCCUCUGCUUCCAGUGCAGACGUGGCACGUGGCGGCAGGGGUGGGGAUUCCUUCCCACUGCCACGAACUGCUGAAGGGAUCUCUUUUUCCUCUGUUCAAAUCACAGUGGAUCAAUCCAAAGGGACCUGGAAGUGCCGUGGUGGACGAUGAGCACCCUGGCCAGCCUCCUCGUGUCUCCCUCUGCCGGGGGAGCCCUUCCUCCUCCUCCUCCCUCCCCCUUGUGGAGGAUGGGGGAUUCUGUCUCCGGGGCCUUGGGCCCAUUCUGCAUGCCAGCAGCCGGAGGAGCUGGUGAAGACAUGGCUGGAAUCAUUCCUCCCCCCCCCCCCCCCCCCGCACCCACAAGGGCCUCUUCCCACUUGGGCAUGGCUCAGCUGAAGUGGCCGCUUCCUGGAAGGCCGUGCGUGGGUGCACCUGGGUUCCUUCCGAGGCUUGCGGCUGGAGCCCCAGGGAGAGGCGGUUCACUGUGGGCUUCCUGUUUCCCAGGGCAGGAGGGAGCCAGCCGGAAGGGCCUUGGGUGGCAGCCCCUCAGUCCCCCCUCAGUGCGCUGCUCUGGACUGUCUUGUGAAGAAGGGCUUCCCUCCUUCCUUCCUCCAGCCGCCUGGGCCUGCCGCCCAAGUGCCUCUGGGGUGGAAAGCUUUGCAGCCUUCCUCGCGCGGUUCUGGCCGAGGGCAAAGAACACCAGGAGAGCGCCUGGUGUGGCAGCCUCCGUGCAGGUCUGUGGCUGAAUAAACAGCCUGUUCGGGCGAUUGUACUUGAAUUCUCUUAUCAAUAUCUACAGAUACAUGUAUUCUUCCCUAUUUAUACUGAGGUGAAGGCCUCUUUACCAAAAAAAUUCUACUAUUUUGCAGUUAUGCAGAGUAUUUUGCAGUUUUUA